CGGUUUUGUUCCGCGGUGGCUGGAGGUGCACCGUCCCCAUGCGCGGAGCGCGGCCUGCGCGGCCGGCGCUCUGCCCCAGCUACGGAGCUCGGUGCUCACCCGCCGCGCGGAGAGUGCUCUGUGCCGUUGUUCGCCUGCUCAUCGCUAAGAGCUCCAGCCACCGGAACGCCGAGUCCUUGCGCUGUGAGCCCGGAGUCUCCGCACGUCGGCCGGCGCCGCGCAGCCGCACGUCGAGAGCCGGGUGCAUCUCCACAGCGCGCGGGACACCCUCUAGGGCCGGCCGGCGCCUCAGCACCUUAAGGUCCCCGCGCGCCCCAGGCCCAGCACUGCCCUCGUGUCCCGUGUCCCCGACAUCCUAAGGUCCUCGGGGACCCAGCAUCUCCAAAGAACCCUGGGCCCCAGCUUCCUAGAGUCCCCUGGGUCCCAGCUCCCCGAACUCGUGGCGAGUCCCGGGACCCCUCCAAUUAGGCCAGGGCCUAAGCACCCCUGUUGUGCGCGCUCCUGCACGCCGGGCGGUAAGGCCUGCCCGCUGCGCCUGGGGCGCGCUGCCACUUGUUGAAUCACUUUUCAUGUCGACUUUGAGACCUGUUGUCGCCAUUCUGAGCCUGUGGGCCUGGGAGCCCGCAGCUGUUGAGACUCAGUGAUUGUUAUUUUGUACUCAGGAAGCAGGAAGUUUGACGAGAUACGAUGAUCCCUUAAGGGAAUCCCAAGAGCAGAGCCUCCCCAACGACCUGUGGAAGGUGACUUGGAAGUGUAUUCCGAAGCCACUUUUCUGCAUAGACUGAGGGUGUAGACAAAGGCCUGAAGAGUCUGGAAAUGGGUCAACAUCUUUAAAUCAGAGCUAUAGCCCUGAGUUUUAGCUCAACCUGAUGGCUUGAGCCUGCAGACGUCCAGUGUUUUGGAAAUCCAGUGCCCAUAGAUGUGGACUAAGGAGGAGCCCCGACCAUGGUCACUCUCAUCACGGAGAAGCUGCAGAACCAGAGUUUGGAUGACCUUACCCGCAGGACCUGUGAGGCUGGCCCGUAUUCUGCUGAGAAACUGAACAAAAGUGGCCAUUUGUUCCCUUUGGAGAUUGGCGUGGAUAAAAGUCCCUGGAAGGCCUUACACGGAGGAUGGCCCACUGAAAGCCAGGCAGCUUCAGGCCCCUUCUCAGUGGGCCCACAUGGCGUGUCUCACACCGAAGGUCUCAAGUGGCAGCUGGAAUCCCCAGGGCCCGUGGAUGUGGGCCGCUUCCUGGACCUCCAUGAGAGCACAGGGCCACCUGCAGCACCACCAACCAAGCGACACUGCCGAUCCCUGUCAGAACCAGAAGAGCUAGCUCGAUGCCGCUCCCCAUGGCGCCCUGGUAGCUCCAAGGUGUGGACUCCCAUCUCCAAGAGGAGGUGCAACAGUGGCGGGAGUGCCACGCUGCAGUGCUGCAGCGGCCUGGGCACCCCUGUCCUGCAGGGCAGUCUAGGCCCCGGCCGACCCAGGAGGCCUGUGUCACCCGCCGGCCCUACCUCACCGCUGAUGCCCCGGCCAGCUUCAGCCAGCAGUGGCUUUAUGGAUGGCAGCGAGGGCAGUACAAGCUCAGGCCCACCCUGGCUUUCUACCGUUCCCUGCCCAUUCUCCUCCAGGCGCCGAUUGUCCCUCUCACAAGAGCACCUUGUAGAUGCAGGCACUUGCCUGCCUUCAGCCUGCAGCACCCCCACUUCCACACCUGAGCUAGGCCGGCACCAUGGCCUGCUCCGGUGCCGCUCACAGCCUUGUGUAUUGGAUGGGAGGAGGGCCCGGCGCAAGCGGAGACGAGAGGAGGAUGCCAGGUGGACUCGCCCAUCCUUGGACUUUCUGAAAAUGACACGGACUUUAAAAAACUCAAAGAGCCUUUGCUCCCUGGACUAUGAAGAUGAUGAGGAUGACACCCAGGCGAAGACUGUUGUACCCUCCCCGUGUAACUCACAGGGCCUGGUGGGCAUCAUCACACCCAGCUCUAGCCCAAGAUUUCCCCGGCCUGGCCCUUCCAGCCCCAGUGUCUGGGCGUCAGGGGAGCCAGAGACCAGCACAGGCGAGGGUGGGAGCAGCGGGGACCCCAGUGAUUGGGACAGCGCAGGAGAGGAGGGCGUCUUCCCGCUGGACCACAGCGACCUGGACUUGGAGCAGAUUGAGAACAACUGACUGGCUGAGCAGUGGUUGCUGUCUGUCACCUUGGUGCCUGACCAGUGGAAAUCACUUGUGUGUUAUUUUGACAAUUGAGGCAUAAUUUUGAUUGUUUUUCCUAAAGAAGUAUUUUGCAUUUUUAUGGCUUCUAUGGUUUGGGAGAGCUUCUCUAUUUUGAAAUGGGUUUUCAGAGGGCAUUCUAUUAAACAUGAUUCUGUCUAGAUUCUCUUUUUGUCAGAA